GUGGUGGCCGAGAGGUCUAGGGAGCACACAGCAUGAUAUCAAGACCUUGCGGCCAGUACACCGAUAUCAACACCUGCAAGACACCAUGGACGCGCAACAUCCUACUUCAUACGCCUCAGAUUAUUCUAUAUUUAAUAAUAAAGAAAUCACGUGUGAAAUGCGAGAUCGUGCAUAUCGAAUAUGUCGGGAUUAUCUGCACGGAGCCUGGAGGAUGAUCACCCCUGCAGAUAUGAUCGUCAAGCAGAUAAGUGGUGGACUGUCCAACCUGCUCUACUACUGCGCCCUCCCUGUCUCCAACCCCGCCAAGGCCACAGAGCCCUCAGAGGUCCUCCUCAGGAUAUAUGGACAGGUGCAUGGCGAGGACGCCCUGGAGAGCGUGCUGGCUGAGAGUGUGAUCUUCGCCCUGCUGUCUGAACGGCGUCUUGGUCCCCGCCUCUAUGGCGUCUUCCCUGGUGGCAGGCUGGAGCAGUUCAUCCCCGCUCGGUCACUCUUCACCAAUGAACUGGCAGAUCCGGAUUUGUCGGCAAUCAUUGCUACCAAGAUGGCCAACAUCCACACCCUUAAUGUGCCCAUCAGCAAGGAACCCACUUGGAUCUGGAACACUAUGGACAAAUGGCUGAAAUCCGGUCAGGAAUAUCUUUGCAAAAAACCCCAAAUUGAUGGAGUUGAAAAGAGUACAAUUGAAAGGUUACAGAAGAUUAAUUACCAUAAUGAGAUGGAUUACUUGAAGCAAGUGGUGGCCAAGGUUCAGUCUCCAGUUGUGUUUGCUCAUAAUGACAUGCAGGAGGGCAACAUUCUCCUGAAAACAAACGCCAAGUCCCAUGAAGAUCGAAUAUGCCUCAUUGAUUUUGAGUAUUGCUCGUAUAACUACCGAGGGUUUGAUCUUGCAAAUCAUUUCUGUGAAUGGAUGUAUAAUUACAAGGUUCCUACCUAUCCAUAUUUUAUUGUGGAAAGGGAGAACUUUCCCGAAAAAAAUAAGCAGCUUCACUUCAUCCGUACUUACCUAGCAGCUUGUGAAAUGUUACGGAGAGGCAAGUGCUCACCUGUUGUCACCGGCAGUGCAGACGAACCUUUAACAUUGAGCAAUGGCUUUGGGACCGGUACAUAUAUUAACGGCAUGAGGGCCUCGCAAGCAGUAGGCAGCUGUGUUGCACCUUCUCAUCCAGUAGAAGACAAACUCCUACAAGAGGUACAAGUGUUUACGUUGGCUUCCCACCUGUUUUGGGCCUUGUGGUCUAUUGUUCAAAGCCAAGUCUCCAGCAUCCCCUUUGGCUAUAUGGAAUAUGCUGCAGCACGGAUGAAUCAUUAUUUUGAAGACAAGGCAAAACUUAGAGUGGAUUAUAUAAAUAAACGCAAGUCUGAGGCAAUUUCGGAUGAAAUAUAAAAUAUCAUACAUUUUUUUUAUUGUACAGUAUUGAAGACAAAAUCUGAUGGUUUGCAGGCAUUCAUGGUGGUAUAGUAACUUAAAGUUACUACUUUGUGAAUAUAUUUUAUAAAUGCCAUUAUGGUACUUUACUGGUAUUAAUUUGCUCGAUUAUGAUAGAGUUGGUGCUACAACUUAUUGUCAUAUGUAUUUUAUAAAAUGGUAGUUCACUUCAGCAGCAACAAAGAAGUGCAUGGCUUACAAGGGAAGGCAGAGUAAUCGACUUUCUAAAAUUUAUGCGAAGAUGGAUAUUGUGAUGAAGUAAAGUGCCUGUUCAGUAGGCCUAUAAUAAUGUUUCUUCUCGGUUACCUCGUGCAUCAUGAUUACCAUCUUAAAAUUUAUGAUUAUUCAGUUUUUAUUGAUAUGCUGCUUGUGCUAAUUUUGUAGCCUGUAAAUAUCCAGGACAAAUUAGUGAAAGAUGCAGAGGAAACUUGGGAAUGACGGCUGCACAUGCAUGAAGCAGGCAAGAAAGGUAUGAACUUCUGGUUGGAUGUUAUAUGUUAGGUUUUAGAAUGGUCAUGUUUUUUUUAGAUCGUUCAAUAGCAAGCGUAGUGACGAUUCUUUUGCACUAGUCUUAAGAAGACGUGUGACAGAAGUGGAAAUGUUGACAAUCUUGAGUGGAGGUAUGUCAGUGAUGCCAGAUUGGUGCUGUGAUGUUCACUCAUGCUGUGAUGUAAAAUACUUAUUAGUAUGCUUUUAUGGUGUUAGGGGUCAUGUCAUAUCUCAUUUCUCUCAUGGUAUGUACAUGUACAUCUUAUGCGAGUUGCCAUGUUUGUAUAUCGUGUGCCAUAUUUACACCAACUAGCAUCAUUCAUCUUUCUCAUUCAUUGCAAACGGGACCCAUUAAUGUGCUAGAGGCAGAAUAUGGAUCUAUUGAUGGGAUGUGUGUGUGUCUUGUUACUGAGGGAGACAUAUACUGCUCAAGUUAUCUGUGAAUCUAAGACUACAUUGACCUUGUCUCUUGGUGCAUCCUGGAGGUCUUUCUUAAGUCUUGGCACCAUUUAAAGUUUAGUCAAGUGUUAUGAUGAGUUUUAUAUUUUGUGUAUUAUAUAUUUAUUAUAUUGGCAAAAGAUCAAACAUUCGUGAAAAUGUUUUGUGUAUUAAAAGUUAAGAGCCGUUCAUAAUUUGGUUUGGUGAACUAGUAAACUUUUAUUCCAGUGCUUGAUGAGUUGUGGGAUAUUAGUCAUAAAAUGAAUUUUUUUGUUAACUGUGAAUUGGCCAAGUUUGUGUAGUUGAAUAUCUUAUAGAUAAAUAACAUGGCUCAAAAUCUAAUCAAACAGUUUUUAAAAACAUAAGACUUUUUAACUUUAAAAAAAAAAAUUCGUGGACGAAUUUUGCAUUCUUCAAUAUAUUCUUUGCAUUCCUAAUAUCUGGCAGGAUAUAAUAGACAAUACCAAAUUGUAAGAUAUGUAUGUAAAACCAUAAGACUGACCAUUGCUCAGUUGGUAUUUGCUCUGGUAUUUCUUAACCCUAUUACUGUACAGUAUUACCCAUAUGUGACCAAAUCAGAAAAGCAUCGAUGUGUCUGUAUCAGGUGGUGUAUUAAGUGGAAAUACUUAACCCUCAUAAUUUGGUACUUGCCUCAAUUUCUUACCCUUUAAGUUUGUCAUCUCUCUUUUUUUAUAUCCCCUCGUAUUUCUAUACUCUCAACCCUGAUGUCUCUUGGCCCCCCCCCCCCCCCUCUCUUCCAUCAUGUUUCUCUCACCACUGUUUUUCUAGCCUGCCAGAUAUUAGGACAAUACCCUGAUUUGUUAUUUUAAUAGUUAUGGGAAUUUAUAAAUUAUUGUUGCGAUUUGACCAAAGUUACUGACAAGCAUGCAUUCACUGCACUUUAUUUUUUUUAAAUAAUUUCUAUAUACUGUUCCUGUGUUUAUAGAAGAAAAGUAUUGCGUAUACUUAUUCAAAUCCUGUUUUGAUUGCAGUGACGUUUAAAGGAAAGUGUUCCUUCUUAUCCAUAUUUCUGUUCUUUGUUCUAAGUCUUGGAGGUGAAUUCAUGAGGAUGUGACUACACCAGUUCUGUUGUACAUAAAAGCCCAUUUAGUAAUGUUAAGUUCAUUGUACAUAAUUGGAGGCUGCUCUGUUUUAGUUAGGCAUUAUAAUUGUUAGUGCAAGCCAUAUCAAUAAUGCCAAGAGAGACACACACACACAUGUAAAUUAUACUGGUGUUUAUAUAAUGCAGUUGCAAUAUUUUUUGUUAUUAAAACUGAUUUUUUAUAAGUACAGUACUUAUAGUUUGGUAGACAGUAAA